AUGGGAUCAUCCAGAGACGAUUCAGAAGAGCAAUUCAGUUUGAAUACUGACUACUCGCCACCAGCUACCUGUGACUUGGGGACUCAGCAACUCAUUGCCAGACUUGCUGCAGAAGAAGAAAUGAAUGAUCUGAGAGCUGAUGAGGCUGAUGAUGGAAAGAAGCAAGCACGGAAAAGAAAGUUGAUUAGUCUGGUCGAUUCAGAAGAAGAAUCUGAUGUUGAAAUCACACCUCCAACCCAAUCAACCAAGCCUCGCAGACAAACAACUUAUGGAACAGCCAAGCGGAAGCCCAUGUUACAAUCCACUCUGGAUGGUGGUAGUGGCUCGUCCGCACGGGCUCGUAGUCAGAAGAAUGUUCCGUUGAAAGCCCUGAUUAGGGGAGGAAGAAGAAAGGCAUCAACUCAGCCCUUGUCUAGUGAGGCGCGAAAAAAGAAGGGCUCCUCUAGUCGGUCGCAGAAGAAUAAGAAGAAGAUUGAUGAGGAUAUACCGGAUUUUGAUGAUGAUUUCGAAGAAGUUGAGUUGGAUGAGGCUGAAAUCAAUUUGGAAGAGAUGGAGAAUAGGCAAUGGUCAGACGUUUGGAAGGAUUUCACUGUGGUUGAAAAACCAAAUGGAGAUUUGAAAGCUGUAUGCAAUCAUUGCAAGAAUGAGUAUGCGUGGUAUUCUCACUCGCAUGGAACAAGUGGGUUGAGGAGACAUCGAGGGAGAUGUAAAAUGUACCCAAGGAAUGGAGGAAGGCAGCAACAACUCAAUACCGAGGGUAAAGUAGUAGCUCGCAAGUACGAUCAUACUGUGUUUAGGCAGUUGGUAGCAAAGACAAUUGUCCAGCAUGAUCUACCAUACUCUUACGUGGAGUAUGAAAGAGUGAGAGAGACAUGGAAGUAUUUGAAUGUUGAUGUCCAAUUCAUCUGUCGAAACACGGCGAAAUCAGAUGUUUAUCGUUUGUAUGAAAGCGAGAGAGAGACACUGAAACGUGAGUUAGCGAGUCUUCCUGGACGAGUCUCCUUCACUUCCGACUUGUGGACAUCACUGAAACGUGAAGGAUACAUGUGUGUGACAGCACAUUACAUUGAUCGGAAUUGGAAGUUGAACAGCAAGAUCCUGUCAUUUAGUGCUCUACCACCACCACAUAACGGAAUGAGUGUUGCGGUUCACCUUCUUGAGUCGCUGCAAGAGUGGGGUCUCGACAAGAAGGUUUUCUCUAUCACAUUGGAUAAUGCUUCAAGUAAUGACUCGAUGCAAGACAUAGUCAAAUCGCAGCUGUUUGCAAGAUGGUUGAAGGUUAUUGGAGGCGCUUUGCACAAAGUUAGAGAGAGUAUUAAGUAUGUGCUAGCAUCGGAAGCGCGGGAAGAGUUGUUUGAAAAAUGCGUGAAUGCUGCAGGCAUAACUGAAAACGCGGGUCUGAUCUUGGAUGUGCAGACAAGAUGGAACUCGACUUACUUUAUGCUUGAAAGAGCCAUCAAGUUCCGUAAAGCUUUUGUUAAGUUGGAGACAUUUGAUAAGAGAGGUUAUAAAGUGGCGCCUACAGCUGAGGAAUGGACGCGAGCUGAUAAGAUAUGCCAAUUUUUGUGCCCUUUCGCAGAGAUCACAAAACUGAUGUCAGGUGCUAAUUACCCCACCUCGAACUUGUAUUUUUAUCAAGUUUGGUCCAUCCAUGAGUGGCUUCAAAUGAAUGAGUGCAGCGAGGAUGAGAUCGUCCGAAAAAUGGUGCCACCAAUGAAAGAGAAAUUUGAUAAGUAUUGGGAUGAAGUUAGUGGUGUUUUUGCAAUGGCAGCAGUCUUUGAUCCACGUUUCAAGCUUUCAAUUGUGGAGUGUUGCUUAGGGAAGCUUGACAUGAGUACACGUGAUGUGAAGUUGAAGAACUUGCGCCAGAAGCUGAGUAUUUUGUUCGAGUCUUACGACAAAAAAUCCAAGGCUAACUCACCGUCUACGGAGCCACGUGAGACGGUUCCACAAAAUGUCACUUCUGCAGGUUCCAUGGGACUGUUUGGAAACUACCAAGAAUUCUUUAAAUUUCGCAAAGUCAACGGAGCUGCUACUGGAAAGACAGCUCUAGAAGCUUAUCUUGAUGAACCUCCUUUGGACAUUGAUAGUUUAGAGAGCUUGGACAUUCUCCAAUUCUGGAAAACUAACACUCAUCGUUAUGGUGAUUUGGCUGCAAUGGCUUGUGAUCUGCUCAGCAUUCCUAUCACAACAGUGGCUUCAGAGUCCUCCUUUAGUAUUGGAUCGCGAGUUCUUAACAAAUACCGGAGCCGUUUACUCCCAAAAAAUGUGCAAGCUCUGAUAUGCACUAGGAAUUGGAUCAAAGGAUAUGAGGCUUAUGAACAUGAAGACGAAAUUGAUCCUGCAGAGGAGACAUUACCAUCUUUUGACUCCAUUGCCAAUGAAGAAAAUGAUGAUGCGGAAGUCUGAUAUUUUUAUUGAUUUGCUGUUUUGUUUUGUUUCAAUUUCUUGGAUUUGUUUGACUACAAUGCUUGGGUUUUUUUUGGCUUUAUUACAUUGGUGUUUUGGUUAAGACAAUAUGAAAAUCCAAUUGCUUUUCUUUUUGUUAUCAACAAAGUGACUUUGCAAUCA